AUGGUGAUUGCCGGAGCUUCUGAGCCAACGCCAGAGCUCGUUGCCGCCUGGUCGGCUGCGGCCGCCGAGCCUCCUGCGGAGCCCGAAAGGGUGACCAUGGCGACGAAGCCCCCUCUACCGCCGGCUCCGAAACCCUCGACAACGGCCUCUGAAAGGACUCCGCCCCAUGCAUCCGCGGAUCCCCUUGCCGCGCAAGGGGCUGGCUCGUCUGCCCCUGCCGCUGUUCUGUCUGCUCCGCCUGCGGCGCCUGGCCCCCAGGCUCCCCUUGUCAAGUUGUCAGCGUCUGCCUCUGCUGGGGGUGAUGCUGAUCCCCCCGCACCUGUCCAUGGCGCCCCUGCUGCACCGCCUGUUUCUGUCCCCGUCGUGCCUGCUCCGGCCUUUGCUUCGUCACCGAAGGCGGCCUCCGCCACCACUAACGGACUAGCUCCGUUGAUUGCGCCCUCGGCAGUGUGUCAGUCCGCACCGGUUGUGACGCCGCACUGGGAUGGUGGAAUGCGGGCAUGGCAUGCAAGGGCACACUGGGAUGGUGCCGUGAGAGGAAGGGGGUUCCUCCCACAUGGGUCUUGGUCCCUCACCACCACCAUUGCUCCAUUGCCCUGCCCCCCCCUUCAUACGUUGCAGUCGGGGCUGGACGACUACCCACGUGCGUCGCACCCGUCGGAGGACGAGCGCCAUGUGGACCUGCGCUGCUGGCUCGCCACCGCUGCUGCUGCCAUCGCCAAGAUAGGCAGCGUGGUUGGGGAGGACGUGCAGGUGAGACGAGAGGCCGUGCAGGAAUAUGAGGCCACAGCCCAGCAGCUCACGGACUUCACACGCCUCAAUGAGAAGCUGGCUGCCCAACACCCUCCCCACUCUGCACCCCACUAUCUCUCCCCCACCCACACUCUUCUCGUUCCCUUCCGCCCCUCGCCCAUCCACCCUCCUUCUCUUCGUCUCCCUCACUUCUCCGUCCCAUGUUCGUGUCCCCCCCCUCCUGAUGGGCAAUCGCCCUGCCCACGGCACCAGCUGCACUGGGACGGCAGGAGGCAGCGCUACGCCGACUACGGCAACCACACCGACAAGGUCAGCGGGGGGACGCAUGGGCGCAGAGGGGCGGUGCAUGGGCGCAGAGGGGCGGUGCAUGGGCGCAGAGGGGUGGUGCAUGGGCGCAGAGGGGCGGUGCAUGGGCGCAGAGGGGUGGUGCAUGGGCGCAGAGGGGCGGUGCAUGGGCGCAGAGGGGCGGUGCAUGGGCGCAGAGGGGCGGUGCAUGGGCGCAGAGGGGCGGUGCAUGGGCGCAGAGGGGUGGUGUAUGGGCGCAGAGGGGUGGUGUAUGGGCGCAGAGGGGUGAUGCAUGGGCGCAGAGGGGUGGUGUAUGGGCGCAGAGGGGUGGUGUAUGGGCGCAGAGGGGUGAUGCAUGGGAAGGCUGCGUUGAAUGGUGAGAGGAGCGGAGGGGAGGUGAAAGGAGGUCAAGAGGUGCGGUUGGAGGCGGUGGAGGCGGUGGACCCCGUCACGUACAGCGUGCGACGGGAGCAGCGCCGCGUGGUCAAGGGCUCUCCCACACUGCGAUUCGUGCCACACUUUGGAUACGUCUCACUCUUCCCACUGCUGCUGCGCUUGAUUCCGCCUCACGCGAGUGAGUUGGGGCAGCAGCUGGAGGCGCUGCGCGAGGAGAAGCUGCUCUGGACGCCCUUCGGCCUGCGAUCCCUCGCCACCACCAGGUGCCACACUCCCUCGCCACCACCAGGUGACACACUCCCUCGCCGCCACCAGGUGACACACUCCCUCGCCACCACCAGGUGA